UAACUUCCGAGAAACAACCAAUCAGAAGACUGCCUUUUUCUGCUUGCAUAAGCCUUAUUAAUGCAUAUAAAAUAUAUAUAAAUACGUGUUGAUUUUCGUAAUAAAACGAUCUGUUGCCAGCCCUUGUCUUCUGUUGUUACAUUUGGUGUCGCUGCCUCCAAGAAGAUGAAGAUCCCGUGGCCAGCUGCGUUUGAAGAAGGUGACAUACGGAGCUUCUUACGUGACUUCGAAGCCGUUGCUGAGCUGGUGGGUGUCAAGGAGCAGGCGGCGAAGGCAGUUGUCCUGGGGACGCUGUUGAGAGGCCGAGCGAAGGCUGCAUAUGACAGCGUAGACAGGUCAAAUGGCACAGCGUCUUGGAAGAAAUUGGUUGAACGACUAGUGUCCGAGUUUGACAGCGAAACAGACAGACAGCUAGCAAUGCAGCAGUUCCGGUCAAUGAAGCUUGGACCUGAUGGAGACCCGCUAGUGUUGGCGGUGAAACUGACUAAUCUACUUCGACGCGCGCUUCCCACUUUAGAUGAAGAAUCAGAAGCGCAGUUACUGUCUUCCCAAUUCAUCGAGAGUGUCCCAGACCACAUUUCUCAGCGAUUACAACUGGUUAACGCAACGCAGCCGAUGGAUAUUAGUGAGCUGGCGAAGGUGACCAGACAGCUGCUGAGCACAACGGUAGCCGCUAUAGACCAACCAAAACCAAACGA